CAACAAGCAGAAUCAGCUUCAGCUUCUCUCUUGUGGAACUACUGAGGAUCAGUCAGUGCAAACAUGAAGGUCACUUUCUUUGAGGACAGGAACUUCCAGGGUCGCUCUUAUGAGUGUAUGAGCGACUGUGGUGACUUCUCCUCCUACAUGAGCCGCUGUCACUCUUGCAGAGUGGAGAGUGGAUGCUGGAUGAUGUAUGAUCAUCCCAACUACAUGGGAAAUCAGUAUUUCUUUAGGAGAGGAGACUAUGCCGAUUACAUGUCUAUGUUUGGAAUGAGCAACUGCAUCAGGUCCUGCCGUAUGAUCCCUAUGUACAGGGGAUCCUACAGAAUGAGGAUCUAUGAGAGGGAGAACUUCAUGGGUCAGAUGUACGAGAUGAUGGAUGAUUGUGACAGCAUCAUGGACCGUUAUCGCAUGUCUCACUGCCAGUCCUGUCAUGUGAUGGAAGGCCACUGGCUCUUCUAUGAGCAGCCCCACUACAAAGGCAGAAUGUGGCACUUUGGCCCUGGAGAGUACAGGAGCUUCAGCAAUAUGGGUGGCAUGAGAUUCAUGAGCAUGAGGCGCAUCAUGGACUCCUGGUACUAGUGUUAAUAAAUAAAAUAAUUUCUCUACAACAA